AUGGAUUUUCCUGGUAUGGCCAUGCCAAUCUUGGUGGAGCACGGCAUCCUGUAUCUAGUUCAUCCUUUUGGAGCCGGAUUGGGAACGUCUACUCCUGAAAACUUCCUAUUACACAACUUUCAAGACAAAAGGGGACUGCCAUGUCUGAAGGGACAACAGAAUAUUGGGCUUCGAUUUCUGCUUGGAUUGUUGCCUGUAACUCAGGUUGGACUGGGUGUAUCUAUGCUGGAUUCAAACGUAGCACCUUCAGCUGAUGAGGCUCAGCUGGAAAUCGAUACCAAUGUUGAGAUUGGCAGAGCUUUAAUCUAUCCUAGACAUGGAGAAGCUUGCUAG